UCAACUGCCAUGUAAAGUACUUAUUUGAUAUUUCAGGUUAUGGAACAUCAUAUUUACUAUUAUAAACUUAAUUGAAUUCGUUAGUAAAUAUUUAUUUCUUCAGUUUGAUAAGCUACGGCGUUUUGUGAAAAUCUGUAAUAUCUAAAUGGAGAAACGACCAGUUGCGAUACUGUGCGAUAAUGCAACAAUUGCGUAUGGGCGCAUUAAAUCAGGAAAUCCUCCCGUGCUCAAUCAGCUGAAGGUGAAGGUUGAAUGUGGAUCUAUUUACGGACUAUUAGGGCCAUCGGGUUGCGGAAAGACAACAUUACUGAAAUGCAUCUUAGGGAGCCUCCAAUUGCAGUCUGGCAGAAUAACCGUUUUCGGAAAAGACAGUCCCAGCAGUGAUUUAGAUGUUGUCGCAGUACCAGGAAAAGAUGUCGGUUACAUGCCGCAAGAUCUCGCUCUCCACCCGAACUUUACGAUUAAAGAGAUCCUCUACUUUUACGGCAAAAUCAAUGGGAUGGCAGGGUCUGAUAUAAGGCGUCGCUUGAGUUUCUUGUCUGAGCUUUUAGACCUACCUGCUUCUUAUCGAAUGGUGGAAAAAUUAAGCGGAGGCCAAAGGCGACGAGUUUCAUUUGCUGCUGCGUUGGUUCAUGACCCAAAAUUAUUAAUCUUAGACGAGCCGACUGUAGGUGUUGAUCCUUUGUUGCGAGCGAAGAUUUGGAGACAUCUAGUUGAUUUAUCAGUUAAUAACGAAACUACUAUCCUCAUAACUACACACUACAUUGAAGAGGCCCGCCAAGCUAACAGGGUGGGACUGAUGCGCCAGGGAGUUCUUUUGUCUGAAGGGGAACCAGAACAUUUGAUAAAAGAAAAAGGUCUGGCUAAUUUGGAAGCCGUCUUUCUCGAGUUAUGUUCGAAUGACAACCAAAAUUCGUCAUCUUCUGGAGAGGUUUCACCUGCCGCCAACGAUGGCGUGAAACUUCUUGUAGACAAUAAUGGGAUCAAUAGUCAAGGAAAAGAAAGCAAUUCCGACGCCGAAUGCUCAAUCAUUAGUGAUCAAACCCAAGAUUUCUUCAAUAAUCAAACGCUAUAUCUGAGAUUACGCAGAACUUUGCGACAAAAUACAAUCAAUCCGAAACAUUUGGUUGCAUGUAUUCUAAAGGAUUCUAUCCAUUUGAUCAGAAAUAAACCACUGAUGGUUUUUCAAUUUCUACUGCCGCUGAUACAAAUCUCAAUUCUACUGCUAGCGAUUGGAGGCAACCCAGAAGACGUACCUGUUGGUGUUUUCAACCAGGAUACUUCACCAAAUAAGACGUCUCUCAGUGUUAGGUAUCUCAGCUACCUGGACAAAGGCAACCUGCUAAAAUUGGAGUAUUUUGAUUCUGAUGAAGGUAUUGAAACUGCUUCACAUAAUGCACAAAUAGCUGCCAUAGUCCGAUUUGGCAAAAAUUAUACAAAAGACUUGAUAAAGCGUGGGCUUGAUUUUCAGAACACUUCUAUUGAAACAGCCCUAGGUGGUAGUGUGGUAAUAAGUUUGGACCAAACAGUGCUCAUGACUGCCAUGCUGCUUCAGCAGAAGUUCUUGGAAGCGUAUGCUGAGUUUGGUUACAGCAUGAUACGUGAUGUAUCUUCAAAUCCUUCACUCACUAUAUCGCCCAUAAACUUCACUAAACCAUUCUACGGCGACGAGGUGAAAUCGUUCACAGACUACAUGGCUCCAGGAGUCAUUCUGCAGUUGACGUACGCUAUGUCUGUUUCGCUGACUGGAAUCGGGGCUAUAAUCGAACGCAAACAGGGUCUCGUGGAUCGACUCAGCGCCUCAGGAGUUACUGAAACGGUGCUGAUGUUGUCUCUCAUGACAGUUCAAUGUUUCAUAAUGACAGGACAACUUUGUAUACUGUUCAUCAUGGCGUUGUUGGUUUUCGACACCCCAUUUUUGGGCAAUUUAGCCCUCGCAGUCUGGAUUGCAUAUAUGCAGGGUCUGAGUGGAUUGGUGUUCGGGCUAAUUGCGUCGGCUGUUUGCACGGAAGAAACGCAAGCCAUGCAGCUAACUUUGGGUACUUUUUACCCGCUGAUGCUUCUUAGUGGCGUCAUUUGGCCCCUGGAUGCGAUUCCGUACCCACUGAGAUACGUGAGCUAUGCGCUUCCGCCGACUCUACCCGCGGCGGCGAUGAGAGACGUCUUUCUCAGAGGCUGGGGCUUGGCCUAUAAAGAGGUCUGGGCGGGUGUUUUGGUGAACAUCGGAUUCAUUGUUCUGUUUUUGACAAUCGCAAUUGUCAUUAGAAAGAUUCUGUGGUACAAACGGUAAUGUUGACGAAGAAUGAACUCAUUGUAUUGAAUCACAAUUGAAAAAACAUUUUAACGUAUUUAUUUUAUUUUGGUAAUGUUGGCAGGAAAUGUUAGUAUUAUCUUCUAAAAGCUCAGUUUUCGAUGUUUCGCUGAUAUUUCUAGUUCAGUCGAACAAAACUAUUCAAGCAAUGUUGAACUUAUGAUUUAGGUUUUUAUUGCCUUGCGUUUAAAUUGACUUAAACGCUUAAAUACUGAAAAAAAGAGCUGCUGAAACUAAUUGCAACAAGUUGAUAAUAACUUCUGCCAACUCUGAUUUGGUUUAAUAAUUGAUUACAAAUAAUUCAAACAUAUCUAGAUAUAAUUCCUUUACAAAAUCUUUACGUCGUGCUCUAUAUGUUCAAGUAGUUAGA